GACGUCCGGGAUGUAUCUUACCUUCUCUGCGGCGCUUGACUCCAGUGCAGACCACCAGGCGCAGAGUAUAAACAGUAGAAACAGUGGAAGGGAGCUUCAGUGAACUUUGUUGUCCACUCUCAGUCUUCACAGAAACUUUCUAAACUGUUCAUUUGGACCCUGCUGUGUUUGGUGCCGCUGACAUGUCGACCCCCGGGAGCCCUCCGGCCUAUGAGGGCAUGUACUCCAAGCUGUUGGACGACGAAGGCGCAUAUGUUGAGCGCAACCGCAGGCCAGAUGUUGGACAGGGCGCUCACCCGGUGUCCCCGGUCGUACUGGCCCUGAGGCAGAGGGGCCCUGGGCCCUACCGUUUUGCCACCAUCUGCCUGGCUGCACUGUGUGUCGUCCUGCUAAUCUCCAUCAUAGCCGUCACUGUGCGCUACAGCAACAAACCCGAGCCUGAUGGAGAGUCGAACUCAGACCCACAGAAGCAGACACAGGAUGCAAACGUGACGGCUCUGACCGCCAUCAUCAUGAAACUGCGGGAGGAAAAAAAGCAACUGCAGAAGGAGAAGGAGGAGCUGCAGGCCAAGUUGGCCGCCAUGAAAGCUCCUGAGGUGAUCAAACCCACAACGAAGGCCCCUGUCGUCUGUCAAACAGACUGGCGUCUCUUCAACAACAGCUGUUACUUCAUCUCCACAGUCCAAAGGAGCUGGUUGGCCAGUCAGCAAUUCUGCCAGACCAAGGGAGGCCACCUGGCCAUCAUCCACACGGCCGAGGAGCAGACAUUUCUGUGGAAUCUUCUUCCCAGAGGUCACUGGAACUCCUACUGGUUUGGAAUCACUGAUGAACAGACUGAGGAUCAGUGGAAAUGGGUGGAUGGCACUACACUGGUCGGGGGUUUCUGGGAGGCAGGAGAGCCCAACAAUCACAUUAAUGAGGACUGUGGCUACAUUGUGAAAACACGUGUGUUGGAGCGAGUGGCAAUUCGGAGCUGGUACGACGCCCCCUGCUCCAUGAACUUGCCUUUCAUCUGUGAGAAGGAGAUGGGUGCCGGCACCACCUAAUCACGCCGAGUCAUCGACAGCACCGAGCAUCUCUAGAAACACAAGGGGAAGUUUCACCGAAGCUAAAGCUGCGGAGAACGACUGUAUGUGACCAAAUAUGAUAUGUGUUUGUGGUGCUACACUGAAUCUGGGCCUUAAACACAUAAAUAAUGGCUUAUUUUUACAUUUUGCUCUUUUACAAUUUACUGAUCCGGGAUUUAAAAUAACUACUAAUAUUUUCAAAGAUUUUUUUUACAUGGGAAAUUGUUUUUUAUAGCUUUAUACUGUAUGAACUUUACAUGAAGGAUCAUGAUAUUACAUAGGUGGGAGAAUGAUUAUCUUAUAUACUGCUGAUAUAACCAAGCAAGAGUGAUGUGUGAACUUGUAGUUGCCAAGUUCUUCUGUUUUAUUUUCUCAAUUGAUUGAUUCUUUUUAAAGGCAACAUAAAUCAAACAUAUGCAGUUAUGCAGAAAUGUGUCCUGUAGAUCUUGUAAAUAAUUAAACAACAUUUGUCAAUUAAAAUCUAAAGUAUAUUUUUACAUUAAAAACGGGUCAGAUGACUGUGUGUAAUGGGAAACAUGUCAUUCAUCUGACUCUACAGUUUGUCUCAACUCCACAAAGUGUUUAAGCAUCUUUAAGUUCAUUGGUUUGGCUUUAUGGCCCACGGCUGCACUGUAGUCGCUCUCGUAGUCGUUUCCAGCUGCAGCACAUGACCACAGUUAGCAGCUGGCUGGUGAAGAAAGUGAAGCAUCCUGUGAGUCAGAUAUUUUGCCUCAGGAGUGGAGACCCAAACACAGCUCCAAUAUUAAACUCCAUAACUGUUGGAUGUGCAGCUAAGCAACUGUUUGCUAACACAGUCACCGCAUGAUAAUAUGUCAGUGGUGUGUUUACAUUGUGGUGGUGGUGUUGAAAAAAAAUCAUGCUUUAUUGUCUGGAGCUCUGAUCUUAGCCUGAUGGAUUCAGUCUGGGAUCACAUGAAGAGACCGAAAACAAUGAGACAACCUGAAUCAACAGAACUGUGGCUCCCAGAUGUUGGAACAAGUACCUGGAAACACUUUAAGCAGUUGUACUGAGGAGAAGUGGUGCUGGUUUAAAGGCAAAGAGGAUCACAGCAAACACUAAGACAGGGUGAAUAAGAGGCAAAAGUUGCAACACGCUUUGUCUGUUAAGGUAGAAAAACGCUG